AUGCAUCCAUUCAUCGUAAUUAGGAACAACGUGCUUCAUCGGGAUCUAAAGGCUUCCAAUAUUCUUAUCGACAAAACGGGGACUCUGAAGAUCGCUGACUUCGGCCUUGCUCGCCUCACUGUAGCCCCGACUCGCUCUGACCGUCCCACACGCUACACAGGCCGCGUCGUCACACUUUGGUACAGACCUCCAGAGAUCCUGCUCAAUGAUCGACACUAUGGGAAGCCAGUGGACCUUUGGGGUGCUGGCUGUAUCAUGGCUGAACUAUGGACCCGGUAUCCGAUCAUGCAGGUUAAUUUCUUAUGA